AUGAUAGAGAGGGUGCUGAAGGUGCACAACAUGCAGAAAACCCUGGCGAGGUUCGAGGAGCACCGGGAGAUGGUGAAGCAGAGGGCCUCCAAGCUCCCCAAGAAGCACCCCCGCUGUCUCGCCGACGGCAACGAGCUCCUCCGCUUCCACGGCGCCACCGUCGCCUGCUCUCUCGGCGCCGGUGGCGCCGCCAGCGUCUGCUCCGCCGAGGGCUGCAGCGUCUGCCGCAUCAUCCGCCAGGGCUUCUCGGCCAGGGGAGGGACGAUCGGGGUCUUCACCACCUCCACCAGCGGGAGGGCCCUGGAGGCCAUCGCCGCCGCCGGCGAUGGCGGGGGCGCGGCCGCUGCCGCCGGCGGAGGGAGAAAGGCGUUGGUGCUGUGCAGGGUGAUCGCCGGGAGGGUGCACCGGCCGGUGGAGGACCUGCGGGAGCCGCCGCCGCUGGCGGGAUUCGACUCGCUGGCGGGGAAGGUGGGCCUCCACGCCAACAUCGAGGAGCUCUAUCUGCUCAACCCGAGGGCCCUGCUCCCCUGCUUCGUCGUCAUCUGCAGGCCUUCUCCUUCUUAG